AUGCUUCGCGCCUGGCGCGACGCGCUCUCUCUCAUCGGCAAAGUUCGGCAUUGGUGCAAGCAGCUAACUGCAAGAUGUAUCACCCGCGUCCCUACAUUGCUUCAGUCCGCGCGUUCGAGGGUUCGGUCCCAAGACCAUCCAAAUGGAACUUCACAGGCGUCAGACAAAGCGAUCAUCUCACUUCCGCCCAUUUCGCGAGUUGGAUGCCGCUUAGGAAACGAGAUUCAAGGCCUUGAGACAACCGAUGUCAAUUAUAACAAGAACACCGAGCCACCGACGCACUUCUCCGACAUGCCCGCGACGCCUUGCGAUACACACCUACGAUACACACAUCCGCCAAGAGGCAUGUACAAACCCGAGUUGCCCGCAGUGGCCGAGUACAGUCGGUGA